UGGCCACUCACUGUCAAAAGUUGGGUCAGAAUUUACUUUAAAACUGGGGCGACUGAAGCGGAGAGCGUAGCUUGGGCUCCUAUGGUUAAUGCUGCUAUACUAAUUCAGUACCUGCCAUUGCAUGCAAUCAUGUUGCUGAAGAAGGCUGGAGCUGUGUUCCUUCUCCUGGUGAUGUGCCCACAGGUUUCGACCCAGGUUCCUUCAGAAGCAAAUCAAGCUGUUCCACCAAUCUACGCAAGCGUACCAACACAAAACAAUCCAAGCGUAACAACACAAAACAAUCCAAGCGUACUACCACAAACCAAUCCAAGCGUACUACCACAAACCAAUCCAAGCAUCCUACCACAAACUUAUCCAAGCAUCCUACCACAAACCAAUCCAAAUCUACCACCACCAGCUUCGAGCAGGAUAAGAACAGUCCCUCUUCAAGUCAAUCCAUAUUUCAUUCCGUACCUCCAAGGUUCUGCAAACAGGAUUAGUUUGCCUCCCCAAGCUUCUAGGUUCUGGAACUUUGGCAGACCUACACCACAUUUGAACUACAGGAACCAAAACAGGAGGCUGUUUUCAAAUCCAGCUUUGAGUUUCUUCGCCAUGAACGAAUUGUUUGAUUUCUUGUAAUAUAUUGAAGAAUAUGCUUAAUUUGUAAACUUAUUUUAGUGACGACAACAUGUUUAAUCUUAUCGAAUAUACCUCAUAAUCUCAUGUAUGGUUACCUAAAAUAUUUCGAUCAAUACAACCUAUGCAUGUAGAAUAAUGUCUAUAUUGGUUGAAAUAAAAUGUAAUUGAAAAACGUC